GCACUCGCCGGGGGCCGAGUGCCUCGCAGCGCGGCAGCGGCACGGCGGAGCCUGGAGACUCCAGGAGGCGGGUGCACCUUCGACUGCGCCGCCGCUUGGAUGGUCAUGUUGGUCCUUGUGUAUGCCAUCGCGUCUAACGUUUACGAGUGGCUCCCCUGGGGCAUAACCCACCUCGAGGACAAGUUCGACGACCUCUUGGACUGGCUCGUCGCCAACGCAAAUUGUAAGGCAGUGCAUUUCACCAAGACCGGCUGGAAAGACCUCUUAGUGCUAGCUCUGGUCGUGGUGCUCGCCCUGCUGGCGUGCCUGCGGGCGCGGCGGGCGAAGGCCAGGGAGCCCGCGGGCGCAAGCCAGGCCGGCUCCUACCUGGCGUGA